CACUCGGGUGUUCAGAAGGUAAGCUAUCAUAUAAUGGCCGAGGAGGAUACUCAAAGCUCACACUCCCGCAGAAGUGCUGCACAAGGAUGCGUUCAGGACUCGUCUCUCUCUCUCUUUCUCCUCUCCAUAAGGAGUCACGAUAGCCCCUUUGACUGUACGGAGGGAGGAGCUCUAGUGAAGUGAAGCUCCAGCACAAGCUCAUUCACUGGGCAGAUCGUGAGGCUGGAGAAUCUGUGCCUCCUCUACACCUUCAGUAAGAAACCGCUGGGGUCAGGCGCUCUCCGAAGCGACGCGGACAGUUGAAUAUUAAUUACGGACUUUUAGUUUCGGCCACUGGACUAGCUGAACACUGAAACGUGGAGCCCAAGAAAUGCGGGCGCAACAUAUCUGAACAUCGCGACUGGACACGUAAAUGAAUAUUAAAACAACCCACUGCGCGAUGGAGAGCUCAGGGCAAGUUGGAUCUGGACUUGUUCCAUGCGUCUUUUUGCGCGGUGGGCUCUUCCGUGCCAGGGAAGCCUUUUGAGAAGUCCAGGCGUCCGGUUUGUGCUACAAAACUGGGUGGUUUUGUUUGAUCCACAAAGCACAGAUAACUUGGCCAAGCAGAGCUACAAAGACUCCUGCGCUGCGUAAUUUGGAUACAAGGAAGAAAAAAAAAAAAAUGCUGGCCAGGAUCAUUUUUGUUUGCUCCUUUUUUGCUGGUGCUAGUUUUGGAGAUACUGAGCCUAAGUCAUUGUACGGUGGAGCUUGCACAUCUUUGUGCAACUGUGAAGAGAAAGAUGGACACUUGUACAUGAACUGUGAAGACAGAAACAUAAGCAAAAUCUCAGAUGUGAAGGUCCCAUCAGAUAUGCCUUUGCAUUUAAACCUGUAUAAAAAUGACUUGGUGGAAUUACUUACAGAAGAUAUGGAGGCUUUCAAGAACGCCGUCACCUUACAUCUUGGUUUAAACAGCAUACAGGAGCUUGAACCUGGCGUUUUUAGUGCACUGGGAUCCCUAAGAAAGCUGCACAUAAACAGCAAUUUCCUGGUCAUGCUGAAGGAGGACACAUUUCACGGUUUGGUAAAUUUGGAAUACCUUCAGGCUGACACCAACUUCAUCCGGGUCGUGGAGCCUGGGGCCUUCAGCAAGCUUGUCCGUCUUAAAGUUCUGAUCCUCAAUGACAACUCCAUUGAGUUCCUUCCAAGCAACAUUUUCCGGUUUGUGCCUCUGACACAUUUGGAUCUGCGUGGGAACAAGCUGCAGACACUGCCGUACGUUGGUUUCCUGGAGCAUAUUGGUCGUAUCAUGGAGCUCCUGUUGGAGGACAAUGACUGGAUGUGCAAUUGUGAAAUCUUGCAUUUGAAGGUCUGGAUCGAGAACAUGCGGGCACAGUCGUCUAUCGGUGAGGUGGUUUGCAAAAAGCCUGAGGAUCUUAGGGGCAUUUCUUUGGCCAGAGUCAAAAGGGAUUUACUUUGUCCCUCUCAUGCUGACAUCAAUCUCGAAGAGCCAUCAAAGUCUCUAGACAUGGUGGUUACCCCAUCCACCAAGGUUGUUCAGAUACCGAAUGUCAACGAUGGCACAAAAGUACCCACACCUGCAAAUGGCCUAGGGACAUUUUGCGUGCCAAUGUGCUCUUGUCCUCCCCAAAGCAUGGGUUUCUUAAUGCACUGCGAGGACCGAGGCAUUCAAAGGAUAUCUGAUAUAGGUAUUCUUGAACAAAGCCCAACCAAGCUGUUUUUGACAGGAAAUAUGAUACAGCGACUUUUCAAGUAUGACUUUGUGACGUACGACAGUCUGGAACUGCUCAAUUUGGCGAACAACCAGAUAGACUACAUUGACAAUGAAACCUUUCUGAGUUUGAGCAAUUUGAAAAAACUGUACCUGAAUGGAAACAGGAUAGAGAAAAUCUCAGCAACAAUGUUUCUUGGCCUCCACAAUUUGGAAUACUUGUACUUGGAGCAUAAUGUCAUCAAAGACAUUGAGGCUGGAUCGUUCAACCCUUUGACAAAUCUAAAGCUUCUGUUCCUAAACAACAAUCUGCUCAACACUCUCCCUGCACAGAUAUUUCGUAAUGUGCCCUUGGUGAGAUUGAACCUAAGGAAAAAUGUCUUCAUGCACUUACCGGUGAGUAAUGUGUUGGACCAGCUCAAUUAUUUGGAGCAAAUUUAUCUUGAGGACAAUCCCUGGGACUGCACUUGUGAUUUAGUCAGCCUCAAACAGUGGGUGGAAAAGCUAAGCAAGGACACUGUAAUGGGUACCAUCCUAUGCCACACCCCUCAAAAACUGUCUACUGCUGAGGUUAGAAACCUGAAGCAUGAUGUUCUCUGUCCUGGCUUGGUCACCUAUAGGUCCUUACCGGGAGACACCAAGGAUGCUAUUGUAGCCACGCCUGCAACAGGAGUCAGCACCAGUGGCUUCUUCCGGUCUCUGACAGAAGCAGUGCCUCUAUCGGUGCUCAUCCUCAGUCUUCUCAUCCUCUUCCUGACCUUCAUUUUCUGUGCUGCAGGGAUCAUUGUGUUUGUGCUACACCGUCGGCGUAGACAGGCUAAGAAGAAACAAUCCGAGGAGCAACCUCGCGAAAGCAGUCCCAUCCACCUGCACUACAGCAUGUAUGGCCAGAAGACCACCCACCACGUAACUGAAAGGCAAGGACCCGGCAUGUAUGACGAACCUUCUCGUAGCCCCAUUGUUCAGGUAUGCAGAAACCCUAGUUACUGCUCUCAGCACAAAGAAUAUGAGUUGGAUGAGUACGACAGUGAGAAACCUAAGCAUAUCUGCCAUAGCAUCCUCGACAAGGAGAGCGACUCCCUCCUCACAGGACCCAACGUGAAGUUCAGGGCAGUCACCGACUACCCUGCUGAGUUUGUGAGUGUGGGAGAUGCAAGCUCCUUGUACAAGAACAUCUUAGAAAGGGAACGGGAGCUCCAACAGCUCAGCCUCAGUGAAUAUCUCAGGAAAAACAUAUCACAGCUACAACCAGUGGUGGACAUGCAAGUCCCCAACCCCCACAAGGAACUUAAACUAGUGGAGACUCUUGUUUAUACAAGGCCACGGAAGGUCAUGGUGGAACAGACUAAAAACGAGUACUUUGAACUCAAAGCCAACUUACAUGCCGAACCAGACUAUUUAGAAGUCUUAGAGCAUCAAACGACUUUCAACUGAGCUAAGUACAAUAUAUACUUUGAUUUGACAAAUGAUACUCCAAGUGCCUUGACAGUUCAUUCUGAGUUCUGAUUAGCUCAAGAGAUAUAAUAAAAUGACAUCAGAGUAGAGGCAAUCCUCACGAUACGAUCAUUUGACGUGGACACAACUUAUUUCAUGCGGACCUCUAACGUUAGCAUUGCAGAUGAUGGAUUAUGCAUUCUAACAAAAUUUCGCACCGAAAAAGUCACAAACAGUUGUCUUUGGACAAGAUUGGCUUUGAUACCAGAACAUUUGAUGUGUAUUGUGGUUAAUGCAUUCUCUUUGGUAGGAAAGACUAGUCACUAGUCACUUCACAUUUCUAUCUGUGUAUCUCUUAUUAUGUACGUAACAGAUCUUCAAGCACUGUUUAUCUGUAGCAAUGGAAGAAAUUGUGUUCUAUUUUUUUCUUUCUUUCUGUCAUACAGAACAUUUAUGCUUAGUUAAAUGAUUCCCUGGUUUGCUAAGUUCUGAAUUAAACAUUCCCAACACAGUUUUUGUUCAUUAAAUAUUAAAUAAUGGUUGUAUUUGGCAUGCAAGAUGCCUGAAAAUUGCAUUUAUUAAUAAAUAAGGCGUCAUCAAGAGCGAGUAGCUUGCCAAACAGCUAUUGUUUUGACCCUGAGGUCAGACUUUAUGAGUGGGCUCAUUUAUCGUGCCUGAAAUUGGCCUCUCACCUGGAAUUCUCAACACGCCUGGAGAGUUUGUUCAGAAAUCAUGUCACACAGACCCACUUGCUCAUUACCUCCACUGCUUCUGAUAUGGACAAAAACUCUGCUGGGCAUCCUUGGAGAAAAUGAAAAGAAAAUAAUUGCACUACUUAAAAUACCAUUUAAAGGUGGUUGAUGACAAUCACGUUGUUGGACCGCACAGUCUAUGCCAUUUUUCCCAUUGGAAAACCAAGUAGUGUCUCUUCUAGGUUGUAUAAUAGUGUUGUUUAAAGUUCCUUUUGAAAACACAAAUCAUAUCUGACUAUUUUCUUUCAGCAUGACAAUUAUGCAGGGUGUUUUGUCUUCAUUAUCUGGCUGGAGAAGAAAAGAAAAAUAUAUAUAUCUAUAUAUGUAUAGAGAAAAUAUGCACACAAAUUAUUGUGUUAAGCCUUGAAUUGUUUUACUGUGUGGGAGAUCACCAUAGCUUUAUUUUGUACAAGUGUGGAUGGUAGUUAUUUAUUCUGUAUAUUUGUACAUAAUUUAACAUUUAUAUAUGUUUGUGUGCCUUUAAUGUGGUACCAAUUAAGCUGUAAAUAAAAAAAAUAAAAAAAAAAAAAAAAAAAAUAGUGGAUUGCAAUAAUAUGGCAAGUAACACAAAUAGCAC